AUGCCGCUGUUCAGAAAACAGGGCGCUCCCUCUGAGUCGCCCAAGGCCCAGCCCAGCGUGAUGAUCAAUCAGGACGACUCAGAUUUCUCUUUGUACCAAACAAUGUCGAAUUCGCCGGUGGCCGACUUUCCGCACGGUCUUCCGGGCCGGAGUCGCAGUUCUACGGUGGCCAGGUUCAAAAAUCUAUUCAAUCCCCACGAACAUCAGGCUGCAAGGAUGGAACGGGCUGCUGGCUCGGGUAGUCACACAAGGAAGGCGGCGUCUCCACCCAAAUCUGCUGGAUCCUCCAACAGCUCGCCCAAGCUGGAAUCUGCUGCGGAACACAAGCUGAUUCCCAACGCUGAGCUGGUAGAAUCACUCAGCAAGCUCAAGAUGAUGCCUCCGGUGGCAGAAAACGACCUGGACAGCGUGAUAGAGAAUUCCGAAAAGCCAGUGAGGCCGCCGGCCUCGAUCCCCCAAAGCGGCUCCAACGCGUCGUCCUCGUCGUCGGUCACAUCUCAGGCACCUGCUCGUGGCCGCUCGGGGAAAUUCAUGUCGAAGUUUCUUGGGAACAACUUGUCGGAGGAGUCGUUGUCGCCGCCGCUUUCUCGAUCCAAUUCCAACAACUCGCGCCAGCGGUCGAGUUCCGUGUCUGUGGCGAACUCUGAGAGCAGCCAACAACCAUACAAUCCACUCAAACACACUUCAUCUGCAUCUUACUCCCAAAUUCACCUGAACUCCCAAAAGGAACAUCUCAUGAAGCUCAAGAACGGGCGUCUCAAAAUAGCCCCGGACGGAUCUGUCCACGAACACGACUACCUCAAGUACCGGACGCCGAUCUCGAAGAACACCAAGUCGUGGUGGGGAUGGACCAAGAAGAGAGAAGUCGAGGACGACGAGUUCUUGAGCAUCGAAAACAGUAUCAGUCUGCUGCCAGACUCAUACUCACUGCAGCUGAUGGAGCUCAAGAGCGACCCAAAGAACUAUCGCUGGAACUACGACGAUUCCGACUCGGACUCGGAUUCGGACGACGACUCGGAAGAAGAGGAAGAUGACGACUUUGAUGACGAGGCUGACGACCAGCUCAUAGAGCCGAUCAUCGGCAAAGACCAACUCACGCUUAUGAACAUGAUGAUGGAGAAGAUAGAGAAACCAGAAAAAUUCAAAGAAAAGUUGCAGACGUCAAAAAACAAGAAAAUGACAUUGAGCUCCAAGUACGGCCAUAUUGGAGGCGUGGUAGGCAGGGGCUCGUUUGGCACGGUCUGCAUUUCCGCUUUGCAGAACGCCAACAACAAGAAAAAGAAGUCUCUUUUUGCCAUCAAGCAGCUCAAACAGCGCCCAGGAGAGAGCCUACAUCAUUUCGGAAACCGUGUGACGUCCGAGUUCAUGAUUUCCUCGUCUCUGACGCACCAGGCCGUGAUCAACGUGUACGAUUUGAUGGUUGACCCGGUGACAAUGACGUACUCACAGGUGAUGGAGUUCAUGCCGUGCGGCGAUCUUUUCACGCUGAUAGCCAUGACAAACGGUCUGGAGGUGGUUGAGUGCGACUGUUUCUUCAAGCAGAUUCUCAACGCCAUCACGUACCUGCAUUCCGUGGGUAUCUCGCACAACGAUCUCAAGGUGGAAAAUUUGCUGUUGACACGCAAGGGACAGCUCAAGAUCAUCGAUUUCGGAACCUCUGCCGUGUUCAAGACGGCGUGGGAGGACAAGGUGCAGUUCUGCAAAGGCGCUUGCGGUUCCGAGCGGUACGUAUCGCCGGAACAGUUUGUGCCCGAAAAAAGCUACGACCCGCGACUCGCAGACAUCUGGUCGCUCGGCAUUAUCUAUCUGGUGAUGCUAUACGGCACGUACGUCUGGGAGAUUGCGAAACGGAGCGACGAGAGCUACGAGCAUUUCCUCGAGACCAGAGCGAUCUACGACUACACGGCGAAGUCGAAGUCUGCCAGCAAGCAGUUCCGACUCGUGAGAAAAGGUACCUUCAACCAGAUAGAGUCGAUCUCGAAGGGCCCUUGUGCCAGCUCGCGACGAUACGUGCUCUACAACAUACUGAACCCAGAUCCCAAGUACAGAAUGCGGUCGUACCAAAUUUGGCAGAGCGAAUGGGUCAAAAGCAUUCACGUUUGCGAGGCUGGUAGGGGAUACCUGUCGCAAGAGGACUAUAUCGACAUGGCGUACAAAACCCUUAACGAGGAACAGGCUAUACGAAGGAGUCCCGAAGCGUAA